UUUUAAUUACAAAGCGGAACGUUCAGAGAGCUUCCGUUGUCUCCUCUACUGAGCCAGCGCUGAACAGUGACCUUCUCCGAGUAGUUCAGUGCGCUUACUAACUAAAGAUGGCAGGUGCAUUCAACGUGUGGUGGGCUAAGAUGUCGCCAUACUACGCCAAGGCAAACCGGGAGAUGUUUGUUGGUUUAGGAAUCAUGGGUUUCUUAUACUACAAACUUUCAUAUGGAGGAAAGAAGAAAGCAGUUCAGUCAAAGCCAGCACAUUGAUCGGACCACCGGAGCAUCAUUCCCCGAAUCCCCAUCACCUCUCUGUACAUCUUCCCCUGAAGAACUUCCCCUGGAUAUCUGUAUUUUAUUUCAUGGAAACAAUAAAAUGCUUGAAUUGGAUCCACCCUAUGGACAAUACACUGCUUUUGUAGUCUUUCCACUCCCUCUUGCAGGAAAUUUGUAUCGGCAAAUGUGCAGCUGCUUGAUUGCUAACUUAUGAAAAUAAACCAUUAAAGAUGUCCUGCCAAAAUCUUUUAA